UCCGGUUUAGCGUGUAUUUUCCAAAACAAAUUUUCGUGGGACCGAAAUUUCGUUGUGCUGCGUCGUCGUACCGAUUGGAUUAUUCCGCAAAUAAAUCUACUUUUCGGUUCACCAUGAGCCUGCUGCUCAGAUCCUUGUCCCGCACGGCCGUUUCUCAAUGGAACCGAGCUGCCUUCUCCACAUCCUCGGUAGCUCUGAAGGAUCCCCGGCAGCACAAGGAAGCUCCGAUUGUGGACGCCAAUCUGGUGAUUGCCGAUGCAGAGGAACGCCGGGAACGGGAAAAGGCUGCUGCCACUAUUACGGUUCCUGUUAAGGUCGACCUCAGUCCGAUUUCCGGCAUCCCGGAGGAACACGUCAAGGAACGACGUGUUCGCAUUUUUAUGCCAGCCAAGAAUGCCAUGCAAAGUGGAACCGAUAACAUUCAGCACUGGACCAUCGAGUUCGACAACCGGGAGCGAUGGGAAAAUCCACUGAUGGGAUGGUGCUCGACUGGCGAUCCCCUGUCCAACAUGCGUGUGGAUUUCGGUUCAGCCGAUGAAGCCAUUUCCCACUGCGAACGGAACGGCUGGAGGUGGUUCGUCGAUAAACAGGAAGCUCCCAAGAAGCCCCGCGUUAAGAACUACGGCAUCAACUUUUCCUGGAACAAACGUACUCGUGUGUCCACCAAGUAAGCGAAAGGCGGAAACAGUUUAGAUUUUCAAAUUUGAAUUACCCUCUCUGAGGUGAUUAUCAAUAAAUGGUGUUAUUACUUGA